UCGUGAAUUACACAUCACUAAGAAACAUCUUGUUGCCUUGACACGCUAUAUAGAAUGCUUUUUGCUGGCUAUCAGGCUAACACUGAAGGAUUUAUUGUUUAAGGCAGUUAGUUAAACGUAAGGACUUCGGAUUUUGCCACCAUGUUGGUGCCUAUAUUCACCCUCAAGCUGAACCAUAAAAUCAACCCUCGCAUGGUUACAAUAGGCAAGUUUGAUGGAAUUCACCCAUGCCUUACAGCAGCCACACAGGCAGGGAAGGUGUUCAUCCAUAACCCUCAUAUGCGUGGCCAACGACAGGCAGCCCACCGUCUAAGCCAAAGUGCCCAGGACUCUGACAUCUCUCUGCUCAACAUCAACCAGGCUGUGAGCUGCCUGACAGCUGGUACUCUAGGACCAAACACCACUGGAGACACACUCCUUGUGGGUACACAGACAAACCUGCUGGCCUAUGAUGUGCAUGACAAUGCUGACAUCUUCUAUAGAGAGGUGACAGAUGGGGCAAAUGCCAUUGUUUUAGGGAAAUUGGGGAACAUUGAGUCCCCCCUUGCCAUCAUUGGAGGAAACUGCGCCUUACAAGGAUUUGACUUUGAGGGGAACGACCAGUUUUGGACAGUCACUGGUGAUAAUGUCCGAUCAUUGGUGCUCUGUGAUUUUACCGGUGAUGGGAAAAAUGAGCUUCUUGUGGGAUCAGAGGACUUUGACAUUAGGGUAUUCAAAGAAGAUGAACUUGUGUCCGAGAUGGCUGAAAAUGAGACAGUUACCUCCCUUUGUCAUAUGCAUGGCAGUAGGUUUGGUUAUGCACUGGCGAAUGGCACUGUUGGAGUGUAUGACCGCACUGCCCGCUACUGGAGAAUCAAGUCUAAAAACCAUGCAAUGAGCAUCCACGCAUUUGACCUGAACGCUGACGGUGUGGUAGAACUCAUCACUGGUUGGUCCAAUGGAAAGAUUGAUGCACGCAGUGAUCGGACAGGUGAGGUCAUCUUCAAAGACAACUUCUCAUCCUCUGUGGCUGGAGUAGUGGAGGGGGACUAUCGCAUGGAUGGACAGAUCCAGCUCAUCUGUACUUCUGUGGAUGGAGAAGUUCGUGGCUACCUACCUGCCAGUAAGGAGAUGAAGGGAAACCUGAUGGACUCCAGUGUAGAGCAGGAUCUCAUCCGAGAGCUAAGCCAGCGAAGGCAGAAUCUGCUACUGGAGCUACGCAACUAUGAAGAGAAUGCCAAGCAGGCUGUCCCAGGUAUCUCAGAUGGGGAUACCCAGAUGGGAGUAAUACCAGCCAAUACCCAGCUCCAGACUGCCCUCUCUGUCAGGGCUGCCACAGAGUCUCAGAAAGCCCACAUAGAGCUCAGCAUCUCCACCCCUAACGAGACCAUCAUUCGAGCUGUGCUGAUUUUUGCUGAGGGGAUCUUUGAGGGUGAAAGUCAUGUGGUCCACCCAAGUAGCCAGAAUCUGUCUGGCUGUGUCCGUGUUCCCAUCAUUCCUCCUAAAGAUAUUCCAGUGGACCUACAUGUCAAAGCUUUUGUUGGUGGGAAGAGCAGCACACAAUUCCAUGUCUUUGAGAUCACGCGUCAGCUGCCUCGGUUCUCCAUGUAUGACCUCCAUGUUGAUCCUGAGUCUCCCCAACCUACCGGGAAAGUGACCUUUACGAUCAAUGACAGGCCACAGAGAGUGGUCAUGUGGCUAAACCAGAACUUCCUUCUGCCGGAGGGCAUUGAUACGCCAGACGUGACGUUCACCUCUUUGCGUGACGGGGGACUACUUAACAUAAGCAUGCUGAGCACCAGUGGAGAGAUCACCCUAAAUACAGAUGACAUAGACCUGGCAGGGGACCUAGUCCAAUCGCUGGCCUCUUUCCUGGCCAUAGAGGACCUGCAGGCGGAGGCAGACUUCCCCACGUACUUCGGGGAGCUGCGAACCACCCUGACCGAGGUGGAUGAAUAUCACUCCGUUCACCAAAAGCUGACGGCGGCCAUCGCUGAUCAUUCCAAUCACAUCCGUAACAUGCUGGUACAGGCAGAGGAUGCACGGCUAAUGGGCGACAUGAAGAACAUGAAGAAGCGCUACAUUGAGCUCUACGAUCUGAACAGAGACCUGAUCAAUGAGUACAAGAUCCGGUCCAACAAUCACAACGCUCUCCUUGCCUGCCUUAAGUCUGUCAACCAGGCCAUUCAGUGGGCAGGGAGACUGAGAGUGGGGAAACCAAAGAAUCAGGUUAUCACAGCCUGCCGUGACGCUAUAAAAAACAACAAUGUCAACGCCCUGUUUAAGAUCAUGAGAGCAGGUACGGCUUCUUCCUGAUGGGACCUGCUGUGAUUACCAAGGAAUGGGAAUCCCAGAAACACAAGGCCAGGAAAGGCAGGAGCCAAUACAGGAAAAACUAAUAUUGAUGGGGGGGAGCAAAUAGUUAUAUCAAAUUUGAAAGAUCAUGUGUGGCAUGUAUGUAUAAUACACUUUCUGCACAGAAUGUAUAAUAUAGCAAUGUUUUAUAUAGCAAUAAAAAGAAAAAUGCAGCGUUUAAAAUAAGACUGGAGACGCUCAUAUAUAUAUAUAUCCACAAUUUGGAAUAAUUUUCAAGAAUCGUACAUCAGUGUGAGCCAUAAGUGUGAGGGAGCAGGCUAGGCACCUGGCUUGGAGAUGGUGUGGUUUCCCCAUCUGCUUAUAUUGGGUAUGUACCCUCUAGACCAGUUGGUCAGUAAGAUGUUAGCAGGAGGUUAUAGAGAGAGCACCUGUGUGUCUCGCAACUGCUCUGGUCUGCAACACCUGUGUUGAGGCCAGAGAAAUAUGAUACCUUGUGUAGUCUUGACUCUUAAAACAAUAUUCAAUGGCAUUCAGCUGAUGUCCUUUCAUCCCCAAUCAGGGGAGGUGGCACAGGCUUGUAGAACUCAUCAGCACAUUUUCAGAAUGAUCUGGAACAUUCUCACAGACUAAUCUACUACAUUCAAUUGUCUGGCAUUUUAGUGAAUGGCCUACUUCAGCAGUCUUGGGCUUGUUUUCAUCAACCAGUCUAGAUCCAAGAGUUGGAUCUCAGACAAUCUGAGAAAUAAAAUAAUAGCAGUGUAUAUGAAGCCACAUCAAAACAUUUACAUUCAAAAAAUGGCUGUAGAAUGUAUAUAUUUACCAAGCUUUGUAGGUCUCCUUUGUUGGGUGUGGUGUUUGCAGCAGUGGGCUCAGGCUCUGACAGUUGGUGUUGUGGUGGUGACAGUUGGCAUUGUGGGGGUGUGGCUUGGUGCUGGUCAUCACUGCAAGAUGUACCAAAUAUUUACCCUGUGGAAGGUAGGAAAAAUGAGGUCACUCCGCUCAUGUCUGGAGGGAGGAUGCCUCUGUGAGAGUCUCUUCCAUCUGCAGUGAUGCUGGUCAUACGGAGGGUCCUCCCUUUCUCCUAAAUGGCUUUGGAUCUCCAGUUCCUUAACCAAGGAAUAAGGCUUGAUGCUCAGGGCAUCCCCUUAAUCUGCACAGCAAUGCUGACUGGUGAUUGAAGGAUAUAUGACCAGAGAGGAUCCCUGAUAAUUGGCGGAUGUCCUUUGCAGUGAUCCUGCUUGCCUAAUUCUGAUGUUACCUCUGCAUCUGAUCAAAUUGCCCCUGCCUGUGUUUAAUUGAUGUCAGUCUUAGAGGACAUCAGGAGUUUUAUCAAAGUGGGAUACAUAGACAGGCUUCAUACACUUCAUACAGGAUCAUUUGUCAACUAUCACUCAUUUUAUCUAGAUAUGAGUUACUUAGAAAACCAUCACUUAUUUAUUGUAGAUAUGAGUUCCUCAGAAAACGACCCUCUGGAUGUUAGGGGCUCACGGUCCGUAUUGACUGUUCUAGGUCAGCAGUCUGUCACAUCAUAGACUCCUAUGUAAUGCUUGUCAAUCCAAACCAAAUCAAUUAAUAUUAUAUAUUCAAACCUUAUAAAUGUAUAAAAGAAACAAAUCUGUAAUUGAAUAAGAUAAAUGUAUGUAUACUGUAUAUGUAUACCUGGUAUUUAUUUUUAUUUGUCAUACUGAUGGUACACCAGAACUUUCAGUUGAUCAGUAUUCCCGGGCUGUAACCACCUGUUUUAUGUAGGCCAUCAUAAACCAAGUGUUAGAGCCCUGAAUGAUGUACCACACACAUGACAAAACAUCACUUUGUACUGAUUGUCUUGGUAACAGGUUUGUAAUGGCAUAAAGGCACCUUGGUUUGUAGUAUAUAGCCUAUAUCCACACUACUGAUCAAAAGUUUGGGGUCACCUAGAAAUCCUGCAUUUGUCCAUUAAAAUAACAUAAAAUUAAUCAGAAAUACAGUGUAGACAUUUCUAAUGUUGUAAAUGACUAUUUUAGCUCGAAAAUGCUGAUUUUAAAUGGAAUAUCUACACAGGUAUAAAGAAGUAUUCAGUUUAGCUGACUUCCCUGCAGUAAAUCUGCCUAAGCUACUAAAUUUGUACAUUUUCAGAAUCAUGGUUCAGAAAAACAUAAUAGAUCACUGAUUUAGAGCAUAACUGUAAAGGAAGUAUAGUUCUCUGUGGGCAAGGCCAGAUGAAAAGCCGUUGGGCAGCAGUGAUGUUUUAGAGUAGUAGUUCGGAGUAACUAUCAAAUUGUAAAUGUGGUUUUGUAGCCAAAACAAUACUAAAGGAUUCAGCAGUUCAAUAUGGUACUUGAUUACUCUUUGUAGAUUGUAAAUAGACAAGGACCUAAAUUAUGUACAAAAAAUGUAAUUUCAUUAAAUUGUUUUAUGUGGGUC